GACUCUAUCUAUCCGCAGUUUCUCUCUCCUCCUCCUCCACCACCAUAGUUGGCGUGGAGCCCAUCCCAUAGCUUGACCUCUGCUUUGCUGUCUUUUCUACUUACUUGCCUCUCCAUUCUCCUGUCUUCCUGAAUUCUAUUGUGGGCUUCGUUGCUCGUAUUCUCAGACUCAGAGCACAGAAAGUGGGUUCUCUUCUUUCCCUUCUUUUUAUACUUUUCCUCACUAAACUCUCUGUCUGUCUGUGUCUCUCUCUCUCUCUUUGGAGGAGCGAAUACCAAGAAACCAUAUUCAUUUCCUCUCUCUUGUUUCGAUGGAUCUACAAGAUCUAGCCUCCCCAUGAUCUCCUCUUUCGUUUUCGUUCACUCGAGUGGCUUUUGAUGGACCGAUGAAUUCUGGCGUGAAUUCAUUGACGUGAUCAGAACUUGGAAAUAAGAGGAACCUUUGAUGCUUAAAGAGUGAGAAACUAGUCUUGCUAGAUGUGCCGAAUCUGGGGAGGUUGUUGGGUGAGAUGAGGGAUGUUAUCUGGGUUGAUGAACUUUCUGAGGUCCUGUUUCCGGCCGAGGUCAGACCGAUAUGUUCAUACUGGUUCAGACUCUGGAGGCCGCCAAGAUGGGCUCUUGUGGUACAAGGACUUGGGGCAACACCUAGUUGGUGAGUUCUCAAUGGCUGUUGUCCAGGCCAAUGCUUUGAUAGAGGAUCAUAGCCAGAUUGAGUCGGGGUGUCUGAACUUGCAUGAGUCCGGACCUUAUGGUACUUUUGUCGGUAUAUAUGAUGGACACGGCGGCCCCGAGACGUCACGCUAUGUUGUUGAUAACCUCUUUCAACACCUCAAGUUGUCUAUAUCAGAGCAUCAAUCAUUAUCCGUUGACGUGGUACGGAAGGCGUACCAAGCCACUGAAGAGGGUUUUCUUUCUAUUGUCACCAAAUUAUGGCCAACAAAACCUCAGAUUGCUGCAGUUGGAUCUUGCUGCCUUGCUGGUAUAAUUUCUGCCGGAACACUUUACAUUGCAAACCUUGGUGAUUCACGAGCUGUUCUCGGGAGAGCUGUCAAGGCCACCGCGGAGGUUUUAGCCAUCCAGCUGUCAACAGAGCAUAAUGCUAGUAUAGAGUCCAUAAGACAGGAACUCCGUUCGAUGCACCCUGAUGACCCACAGAUCGUUGUUUUAAAGCAUAACGUAUGGCGUGUUAAGGGCAUAAUUCAGGUCUCACGAUCUAUUGGUGAUGUGUACUUGAAGAAGGCUGAAUUUAACAGAGAGCCUUUAUAUGCAAAGUUUCGCCUUCGUGAACCUUUCAGGAGACCAAUAUUGAGUGCAGAACCAUCAAUUUCAGUGCACCAAUUGCAACCACAUGAUCGAUUCAUUAUUUUUGCAUCUGAUGGACUAUGGGAGCACAUUGGCAACCAGGAAGCAGUUGAUAUUGUUCAGAAUCAUCCUCGCAAUGGCAUUGCUAGGAGGCUUGUUAAAGCUGCUCUGCAAGAAGCGGCGAAGAAGAGAGAGAUGAGGUACUCGGACUUGAAAAAGAUUGACCGUGGUGUCCGUCGCCAUUUCCAUGAUGACAUCACGGUGAUCGUUGUGUUUCUCGACUCCAACCUCGUGAGCAGGGCAAGCUUGACAAAACCCCCCAACAUAUCCAUCAAAGCGGGUGGAAUCAACUUGCGCCCCAACACAUUGGCUCCUUACUCCGCGAAUGGUGCCACUUGAAGAUGCUGCAAUUUUUCACACAUGUGAAUAGGAUACCGGGCAGCUUCCUUUAGUAAGAGGGGGCGGGCCAUCGAAUUCUUUAGUGUACACAGCGACGUCUUUUAACGUAGAACCGAUGCUUUUAGCUUCUGGGUUGAUGGGAAAAAAAAAAAAAGGAACGGAACUGUUGACCAAAAGUUUCCUACGUUAAUUUAGUAUUAGGACAGUUGCUCU